AUCCACUUGUAUAUCUUUAUAUCGUAUCACCUUUGCAUAUCAUUAUUACGUAUUAUCAUUACGUGUUUAUCCGUACAAAAACGAAGAAUACGACCUAUCCUUUGCCCGUCCACAUUAAUACGUAACAAUUAUAAGAUAUGAGGAUACGCAACAAGUGGAUACACUUUAAACGUCUGUUUCAAAUAUUGUUUUAUUAUGUUCAAUCUAAAUAUAUAUUUAAAAAGCAAGUAAUGUGUACAGACUUUUAAUCAAAAAUUAAUUAUUAAUUGUUAAAUAGUGAAUAUAGAAAAGAUCAAUAAACAUGUAUGAACCGCUGUAUAUUGAUACCACUGUAACGUGUCCUUAUAACGAAAACCAUCGAAUUGCUAGAUCACGUAUUCAAAGACAUAUCGUCAAAUGCGAAAAGAAUUAUCCUAAUGAUUAUAAAAUGAUCUGUCCGUAUAAUGCGACACAUCGUUUAUUUAAACAUGAAAUGAUGGAACACAUUAUUACAUGCCCAAUGCGGAAACUGAUUGAUCCUGAAUUAUAUCAACGAACUGGAAAUCGUGCAUUGUUGAAGAAUAAAUUACAAUGUGAUAUAACAAGUUUGAUUGAUUGUAACGAAAGUUGGGACAAAGAACUUGAUUCUAAUUCAAUAUCUCAUAUAAAGAAAAAUCUUCAUUUUGAUAUAAGAAAAUGUAACACAGAAAAUUACAAGGAUUUGAGACGCCCACGUGGAUUUUCAGAAGUUAUGUUAAUUGAUGUGGACGAAGAAACAAAUGUUGAAGAUAUGGAAUCAAUAACAAGUUCAAUGGGAAUGGGAAGAGGAAAAAUCAAUGCAAAUAAAAAUUAUUUAAUACAAAAAAUUGGACUAGGAAGAGGAAAGAUUUUGCACUAAAAAUUCUAUUUUAAAGUACCUAGAAAUAUAUAGAAGAUAUGUAAUAGUAGAAUAUCCCAUAUCCAUAUUAAUAGAAAGACAAAAAUAGUUAAAUAAGAGAAGAAUUUUUAGAUAAUAGAACAAAAACUUUUUUCUUAUAUUGAACUUUAUUUAUUUAAAUAGAAGUCAACAUAAUUGGUACUUUAUUUCAAUAUUUAAAUAGCCGAAAUGACUGUUUAGAUAAUAGAAUUUUCAGAUAAUAAAAUGUCUGGAUAUUAGAGUGUUUGGAUAAUGGAAACUCUACAUAUAUACGACAUAAACAGAAAACAGAAACAAAAAAUAUUUUAUAUCAGUUAUUUUAUAUAACCUUUUUUUCAUUAAAUUUAACAUUAAUAAAACUCAUUCAUAACA